GAAUGACAGAAAGGCUAUCGAAGAUAAUCGCGGAGAGGAGCUGGAAUGCUACUGCUCUGCGGAUUGCAGUAACAUUUACACGGUGUUUUCUAUAAGCAUCCAACUCUAGUGCUUGGAUUCAGCAGGAUCUAAUUAAAGGUACGCAAUCCUGAGACAUGUCGGAGGACUUGAGCUCCCAACCCUGGUCCAUCAACAAGGAUGACUAUGAGCUGCAGGAGGUGAUCGGAAGUGGAGCUACAGCUGUGGUCCAGGCUGCCUACUGUGUGCCCAGGAAGGAGAAGGUCGCCAUCAAACGCAUCAAUCUGGAAAAAUGCCAGACCAGCAUGGAUGAGCUCCUGAAAGAGAUUCAGGCGAUGAGUCAGUGUCACCAUCCCAACAUUGUGUCGUAUUACACCUCGUUCGUGGUGAAGGAUGAGCUGUGGUUGGUCAUGAAGCUGCUCAGUGGUGGCUCUGUGUUGGAUGUUAUAAAGCACAUCAUUUCAAAGGGGGAGCACAAGAACGGUGUACUGGAUGAACCUAGUAUAGCUACUGUGCUGAAAGAGGUCCUUCAGGGUCUUGAGUACCUUCACAAAAAUGGACAGAUCCACAGGGAUCUCAAAGCUGGAAACAUCCUGCUGGGGGAGGACGGAUCAGUGCAAAUCGCAGAUUUCGGUGUAAGUGCCUUCUUAGCCACUGGUGGUGACAUGACUCGAAAUAAAGUGCGGAAGACGUUUGUGGGAACGCCAUGUUGGAUGGCUCCAGAAGUGAUGGAGCAGGUGAAAGGUUACGACUUCAAAGCAGACAUCUGGAGUUUUGGGAUCACAGCCAUCGAGCUGGCCACAGGUGCAGCUCCUUACCACAAAUACCCUCCUAUGAAGGUGUUGAUGUUGACCCUGCAGAAUGAUCCGCCUUGCCUUGAGACUGGAAUCACAGAUAAAGAGAUGUUGAAGAAAUAUGGGAAAUCCUUGAGGAAAAUGAUCUCGUUGUGUUUGCAGAAGGAACCAGAGAAAAGGCCAACAUCAUUAGAACUCUUAAAACAUAAAUUCUUCCAGAAAGCCAAGAAUAAUGAAUUUCUGCAGGAGAAAUUAUUACAGAGAGCACCUACAAUUAUAGAGAGAGCGAGAAAGGUUCGGCGAGUUCCUGGCUCCAGUGGGAGACUCCAUAAAACAGAAGAUGGAGAAUGGGAAUGGAGCGAUGAUGAACUGGAUGAGGAGAGCGAGGAGGGCAAAGCUGCUGUUGCUGCCUUGCGGUCACCAAGAGUAAAAGAAGGACUCCAGGACACAGAGAUAUUCCAGCCUUUCAGCAGUCACCUCCAGCCUGAACUACCUCAAGCUGCUGGCCAGGGCCCGGCCAACCCUCAACACACUGACCCAAGUACAACCCCGACCCUGGCUGCGAACCCUACACAGGCCCCAGUUCCUGGCGAUGCCUCACCAUCCCCCAUCAGUUUAGUAUUAAGGUUAAGAAAUUUGAAAAAGGAACUGAAUGACAUACGAUUUGAGUUCAUGCCUGGCAGAGACACAGCAGAUGGGGUUUCUCAGGAGCUGGUAUCGGCUGGCUUGGGAGAUGGGGGGGAUUUUGUUAUAGUGGCUGCUAAUUUGCAGAAGAUAGUCGAAGAGCCUCAUUCCAAUAAAAAUGUCACAUUUAAACUGGCCUCUGGCGUUGAGGGCUCUGAGAUUCCUGACGAUGUCAAACUCUUGGGAUUUGCUCAGCUCAGCAUUAGCUAAACUUUGGCUCUGUGCAGGACCGUGACUUGCCUACAAAUGUGAAAGCAAACCAACACUACCGACCGAAUGACACAUUGAUGUAUUUUUUCCUCUUUCAAUUGCCCUAAAGAAACCACUGUUGCCAAAGAGAAAGAUACCAUAGCGCCAGCCCAUAGGAUUUCAAACAGCCCAACGGAAGAGUUGCACAAACAUGCGAAUGAUCAGAAUUUGUAGGAGUCGAUUAAAAUAUAGUUUAGGAUUUAUUUGUAUAAGGAUGCAAUUAUCAUAACCAGAUAUAACCUUAAUAUUAUUUUAAUGUUUCUUUUUCUUUUUUCUACAUUUGUCCUAGUUUUGCACAAUCUGAACUGACAACCUAAAAAUUAACAAUGCAAAAAUGCCUCCAAUAUAACUACUGAGUGCAUAAAAGAGGAGCGAAACCCAAAGAAACAUGGAGUUUAUAGAGGAAGUAAAUGGGUUUAGCUAUAGUUAUAGCUUUAUUUUUUAACCUAUAUUUUUUCUAUGCUUUUGAAGAGAAGCAGCUAAGCAUGUUUUAUCCCACAGCUUGCAUUAUUUACUUCAGUUUAAACCAGCUUGUUGAACAUUUACAGCAUCUGGUUUUGAAAUUUCUACUUCUGGUUGCGGUUGUUUGCUUUCUGCAGAUUAGCCGAAUAAGAUGAAAUGAUUUAUUCAUUCAGUGUCAUUGAGCCCUAAUGAACACUCCUGAAGGCUGGUUUUACUGCUUUCCCAACCUUUUUUGCUGUCUCAACUUGGCACAUUCGCAAAUGUUACUAUCCCAUGCUGCUCUAAAAGUUAUUGCCUUAAUGUUUCUACACAUUUCUGCAUCUCACACAUCUCUCCUUUUUUAGAUUUUGCAUUCAUUUGUGAAUUUUGGUUUUAAUUUUUUUGACAUUAUCUGUGACUUUUCAUUUUUAUAAGUCUCUCUGUAUGUGAAAGGGUAGAAGUACCCGAGGUACCUGAUGAAAGUUUGGUGUUUGGCUUUUUCCUGCUCUGGAAUUGAACUUAAGUAUUCAUGUGUAUUUCUGUUGUGGAUCAACUCAAUUGAGCAUGUAAAUAAUGUAAUUUGCCAUUGGUUUGAUUUUAUAUGGGAUGUUUCACUCAUGGCCUUUGUGUUCUUCAUAAAUAAGGUGAUGGGAGGUGGUGUCAGUUACAAAAGACACAUUGUGAGUGUUGGUUUUUCUUUUUGUCUGUGAGGGUGCCUAUAAUCACAGUGGGGUCUUAUGUAGCAUAAAUCUGCCUGGUGUUUUCAGCAGGUCUGUUCUGACCUGCUGAAGUUCUCAUUGAAUUUAUGAGAGGUUGUUUACUUCACCCUAGAAAUCUCAUUUAAACAUAUCACUACCUUUGUGCAAAAACAGCCUGGAAUAAUCUUAAGCAACUUCAUUAUUUUAAAGCAGUGUUUCACCUGAUUUUUAUUAUUAUUAUUAUUAUUAUGUUAAUCCCCUUUGCCCUUUUUGAC